CACUGCCAUACAGGAGUAGAAGAGGCACGGGAGAGAAGCGCACGAACGUAGACGGGGAAUGUUCAUAAAUAUCAACCAAAAACUCUGAGAAGUGAACUUCACGUUUCUWUAUAGGAUUUUUGUUUUCCAUUCUCUCGCAAUGGAAUGUCUAAAUGACGGGUGUCCCAAGACCCACGAGGAGGACAUCAUGGACAUCCCCUUGGAUGACCCCGAGGCCAACAAGGCUGCUGCCAAGAUCCAGGCCAGCUUCCGUGGUCACAUGACUCGCAAGAAAAUGAAGGAAGACAAACCCAGGGAGGAGAAGCGACAGGAGCAGAAGUAGAGGAGAGAGAGAGGUUCCUGUACUGUGAGGUCGCGGAUCCUGGCAGAAACACGCACGCUACUGCAAUAUCAAGACCUGUUAUCAUGAAGAGAAAAAAUGUCACCAUACCACACAAAUAGAACUAACUAGAUGUAGGUUUGGUGUACCUGAUCAGUGAACUCUCUCCUUCUCACUAACACACACACACACACACUCCCCUUCCUCCACUAGUAUCAGGGUAAAUGUCUGUGACCCAAAAUAAUAUUUCACGCCAUGAUUUUUUAAAAUGUAAACAUAGCAAGUGCACUCAAGUGAAAAGUAUGUUUGAUGGAUUUGAAGGGUGAAGUGGGACUUGGCUUCUUCCAGAGCAAGUGUAAUGGCAAGGUGGACAGUUUAUUUGGGAAAUGUAUGUUUGUGCUCACUUAACUGGCUAUAUAAUCAUAUACAUUUUACAAUAUAAAAGUAACUUUCUUUGUGUGUGUUUUGUGUCACUCUAAUAAAGUGAAAUUGAUUGAAGUAGAAUUGAUAGAACUGCUCAGUAUGUGACAUAUUGAUUUAUGUUAAUGUUUCGUUAUUGACCCAAUGGCACCAUUUUCUUUGACUUUGUUUCUUUGGUUGUCCCUGAUAUUUAUAUAUAUAUAUUUAUUAAAAGUAAAGUAUCUACAUGGUUCAAUAAAAAYGGACAAGUGUGAAAGUCUGUAUGGUGUUUGGUUGGUUUGAUUGCUGUGAAAACCAAAUAAAUAGAGGAAUAACGAUUGAAGCAAGUUUGUUACCUUCUUCUUGCCGUAGGCCCUUAACAGCUUGAUUUCCUUGUGUUGUGGCUAAUCAAUCUUUUAAAUCUAGCAAAUUUGUCUCCCAUGUAGAACUGAUGCUGGUU